AUAAAUACUCAUAUCACUAUCUCUCUCUCUCCUCUGAACUCCACUGUCUUGAUAAGUACUGCUCAAGGAGAGGCCUGCUUUAAAGUGUUUAUGGUGAUUAUGGGAAUUCAAAAGCCUGCAUGGUUAGAAGCUCUCUACACCCAGAAAUUCUUUGUUGGGUGUUGUUACCAUGAAACUGCAAAGAAGAACGAAAAGAACGUGUAUUGUUUGGAUUGUUGCGUCAGUAUUUGCCCUCACUGCAUACCCUCACAUCGUUUCCACAGGCUUCUUCAGGUUCGUCGCUACGUAUAUCAUGAUGUUGUCAGAUUGGAAGAUCUUCAGAAGCUUAUAGAUUGCUCUAAUGUCCAGGCCUAUACUAUAAACAGUGCUAAGGUGGUAUUUAUCAAAAAGAGACCUCAAAACAGGCAAUUCAAAGGAGCUGUAAACUAUUGUACUUCUUGUGAUAGAAGUCUCCAAGAACCAUUUAUCCAUUGCUCCCUGGGGUGCAAGGUGGAUUUUCUGCUGAAACAUUACAAAGAUUUGUCGCCAUUCUUAAGGAAAUGUAAAACUUUAACACUGAGCCCAGAUUUCCUAAUUCCCCAAGAGACUGGGGAGGAAGAAAUGGCAAACGAGACAGCACAGUCAACAGUAGUGGACAGUGAUGAGCCAAUGAGCUGGUCGUCGUCAGGGUCGGAGAGCAUGAGCAUGAGCAUGGCAUACAGUUCUGAUCAGAUUGUUAGGAAGAAAAGAAGUGGGCUAUAUUUGUGGAGAUCAUCAGCUAACAGGGUUUCAGAUGAGGAAAUUGCUUCAAGCAUGAGUAGAAGGAAAGGCAUUCCUCAUAGAUCUCCUCUAUGUUAGAAUAAAUAUUAAAAUAGAAUAAAAAUCAAAAUCAAAUAGUUUAGUUUUGAUAUUUUUGACUGAAGCUGAACCAUUAUUAAUUUCAAAAUGCUUUAACCUCUCUGUC